CUCGGGUUCCCGCCAUCUACAGCUUCACCACCUGCUGCUGCCUCCGGCCGACGUGCGUCCCCUGAGUUCCAACAGAGGCUUAAAAAGGAUACAUGGUUUGCCCUUGUGAAGAGCAGUAGUUAUAAAUGCAGAUUCCAGAAACAAACUGAUCUGUCAUCCCUCUCAAAGUGGGCGAGGAUCAGCCAUUAGUUCUGUUGGGAGAAACUAAGCGAUUGGACUCAUGCAACCCUAGCGAUGCUGCGAUGCUUCGUGGGGGCUGUGGUUCCACAAGGAAGGAACUAACUGAGAAAUCCCCAUCUUGUGGUGCCCUCACCCCUCCCUGUGCUAAAUGCUCUUAACAAAACGGAACCUUAGGGAACAUGUUAUUUACGAAUGCGACUGUGUCACUGCAAAGAUUUCUGCUAAAAUUGAAGACAAAGCCAUUGUCAUAGUAGUGAUUGACAGCAAAGUACCUGAGUUUGGAUUUAUUCUGCCCAUACUUCUAAACCAAUGAUGAGCAAAUGGGAAGCAACGCUGAGGCAAAUUGAAAAGCGGGCAUCUCACUAUGAGAGGACACCAUUGACCUCCAUUUACAAACCAAGAUUGUCCAAGCCAGAAGAGCCGCCCUCCAUUUGGAAACUAUUUCAUCGACAGAAUCAAGCUUUUAAUUUUGUUAAAAGCUGUAAAGAGGAUGUUCAUGUAUUUGCUUUGGAGUACAAAGUAGAAAAUGGACAACGUAUUUACCUUGUAACAUCCUAUCCUCAACUUUGGUUUUACUAUAAGUCCCGAAAAACACUCUUGCAUUGCUAUGAAGUUAUUCCUGAGAAUGCUGUCUGCAAGCUUUAUUUUGAUUUGGAGUUUAACAAAUUGGCCAAUCCGGGAGCUGAUGGGAAAAAGAUGGUUGCAUUGCUCAUAGAGCAUGUUUGUAAAGCACUUGGGGAGUUAUACAGUGUUCACUGUUCAGCUGAAGAUGUUUUCAACUUGGAUUCCAGCACUGAAGAAAAAUUUAGCCGACACCUAAUAUUUCAGCUCCAUGAUGUGGCAUUUAAAGAUAACAUUCAUGUUGGUAAUUUUGUGAGAAAAAUUUUGCAACCUGCUCUUCACUUACUUGCCAAGGAAGAUGAAGAUAAGAUCCCAGAGGUGAUGAGCCAUGAAGCUUCCUGUUUUUCUGAUGUACUAUUAAAACAAGAGGUUUCAGAGGCCUGGGAGAAGCCAGGGUCACCUAAGCAAUGUGGCCCUGAUCUUUCAUUUUUAGUUGUGAAGAAUAACAUAGGAGAAAAGCAUCUUUUUGUGGAUCUAGGAGUCUAUACAAGAAACAGAAACUUUCGGCUGUAUCAGUCAUCAAAAAAAGGAAAGUGUGUGCCUUUGGAGGUUGCUGAAGAUAACAGAUUUAUUCCAAAACAGGCAAAAGACAUUUCUGAGGAAAACCAGUAUUUCCUGUCUUCGCUGGUGAGCAAUGUCAGAUUUUCAGACACUUUACGAAUUCUCACAUGUGACACCUCUCAGACUAGAAGAAAGCGGGCUGAGUAUUUUAACAGUACUGGCACUUCAGUAGAACCCAUUGAAGGUUUCCAGUGCUCACCAUACCCUGAAGUUGACCAAUUUGUUCUGUCUUUGGUGAAUAAACAUGACAUUCAAGGAGGAAUUCGGCGUUGGAACUACUUUUUCCCAGAAGAAUUACUGGUUUAUGAUAUAUGUAAAUAUCGCUGGUGUGAAAACAUUGGGAGAGCCCACAAGAGUAAUAACAUCAUGAUUCUGGUUGAUCUGAAAAAUGAAGUUUGGUAUCAAAAAUGCCAUGACCCUGUAUGUAGAGCACAAAACUUCAAAUCUAACUGUUUUCCAUUACCCACUGAAGUAAGCCUCCUGUUUCUUCUGGAAGAUGAAGAAGAGUUCACUGCCGAUGAAGCAGAUGAGACCAGCAACUCACUGACCAAGAUCCCAUCAUCCAGUAACCUGCCAGCAGGCGGGUUCUCUGCUGCUGCCUGGGAUGAUGAUGAAGAUGCCUGUUUCUUAGAAGCAACAGAAGAUGCUGAAUUAGCUGACGCUGCAGAUAAGAGUCUUCUUGAUUACAGCAGUUCAGUGGACGAUAUUCCUGACGAACUAAUUAUAGAAGCAUUACAGAGUAGCUGAUGGGGCUACAGUUUGCCAGAAGCCUGAGAUUUCAUCAUGUAAAUAUUAAACUAAGGUUGGGACUAUGGCCCAAGGUUAGAAUACUCACCUAGGAUGUACAAGGCCCCACAUUUAACCCUAACACCAUAAAAAAAUCAAAUUAUAUUAACUUAUUAUUAAACCUGUUUAUAGCAACUGUUUUAUCAUUUGGUUUUCUACUAUUUGCUUUUUAC